UUAUUAUUAUUAUUUUUUAAGUGUGUUCAGUGAUUCCAUGUGUAGCUAGGGUUUUUUAGCACUUUUUUGUUGGUGGUAUAUACGUUGGCUUUGUUUGGUUGCUGAGAAAAGGCUGGAAAGAAAGAAAGUAGAUAUCUUAGUUCUUUUUAUUUUUUAUUUUUUAUUUUUAUUGUUUUUGUGUGGGGUUUUCUCGGGACCCAAAGACUUGGUUUGGGCAAGUGUUGUGCCAAACUAGUUUUGCGGGAUAUUUAUUACUACAUUUGAAGGGCUUUCUAGAGUCUGUAAAUGGUUUCUGUUAGGUUCCGGGGAAAAACAAUUUGAUGAGCUUUGAGUAUUAUGCAAAGUUUGUCAACGUAGACAAGAAAGUGACUUCUUUUGAAUGCAGAAUUUCAUUAUUUAGAAUUCAAAAAGAAAAAGAAAAAGAAAAGGAAAAAGAAAACUCACAUUUUGGCUUGGCAUUUUGCAAUUGGCUUAGUUGGGUUAAAUAUCUAGCUAAGGAAAUAAUAUAAAACACAAGGCUGCGAUCUUGGUUUUUUGUUUGUUUUGUUUUGUUUUGUUUGUUUUGUUUGUUUUAGAUUUCAUGUUUUAGUCCCGUUUCUCUUGGCACCUAAACAAAGGAUGAGGUAGUAGUAGUUAUUAAGUUAUAUUAUUCAAACUUGAAUUAUCCUUACAAACUUCAAUCAGUCUUCUUCAAAUUAAGAGGACAAGGAAAGGGUGGAAUUAUGGAGUUCCUGUUUUUCUUGUUUGAUAUGUUGUAUGUCAUGAUCAUGGUAAUAUAUUGCACUUUGUGUUAUGCAGGCAAAUUUCAAAUCUUUUCCUGGCUAGCCAGUCUGAGCUGGCAUAAAAAAAUUUCAUUUUUGUUCUUUGAGCUGCUCAAUCUAAUGCAAAGCUUUUAGGUGUGCUUGGAGAUGUCAUGUAAAGUGAGUGGCUUCAUUGUGUUUUACAUAUUAGCAUUUGAACACCUUGUAAGUCAUCAUCUGGAACGGAAGCGUAGAUGAGAAUGCAAAGCCCUUAGUACAGGUGAUCGUAUGGGAUUUGAUUUAGGUUGUCUGGAGCUGACAUCACUAGAUUUGCUGCCAGAUUACGUAAACUGCUCUGCCAUUUUUAUAAUUUUCUCCAUUUGUCGCAUUCAGGCAUUUGGCUUCUAAUGCUAUGGAAAAAAACAAUGCAAUCAUUCACUUCUGGUGGAAUAUCGGUCCCAGACAGUCUUAAGGAAUUAUGAAAUACACUACUCACCCAUAUAAGUGUGUCCCUUAAGUUAAUGUAAUGGUCAGCCAAGAGGGGAUCUACUGUAAAUACAGCAUGUUUUCAGCUAGUCUCUGUGACUAAGAAUAGGAUACUUGCUAGGCCAUCACACAUGGUAUAGUAUUGAGAGCUUUGAUGCAUGAUAGCUCCAAUAAAUUAAUAAUAUUCGGCUUCUAACUUUCACAAUGAUCAUACUUAUUCCAUGUCACCCAGUUUGCUCAUAUUUAUCAAUUCUGCUCAUUUUCAUCAUCAAGAUCCAGUAGUUGGUGUUCUGCAAUUAAUUAGCCAUAUUUGAAUCUGAAAUGGGAAAAUAUGUGAUUCUUCUGCUAUGUGUAUAUAAUCUUCAUUUGAACAUAUCUUGAUACUAUGUUAUGUAGUAUAGCCUGUUGGAGGCUUUUGCCUGUUAGUUUCGUUUACAAAAGAAGAAAAAGAAAAAGUUGUCUCUUCCUUACAUAGUUCAAUAUUUAUUCUUAUCAUUUCAUAAAUGGUGAUUUAAGUAAAAUUUUCUUUUUAAUCAGCAUGUAAUAUAUGUAUAGCCAACUGCAUCUGGCACUGAGGCUUAGUUCAGUUGAGCAGCUUUCUCUGUGAGAUAAUAUAUGCAUGGUCUGACAAUCCUUGUGGAGUCUAUACUCUUUGAAUGCAUCUUCCUACCACUUCAACGAAGAUCUAGAACACAGACAGAAAGAAGCAAUCUUGAUGUUUUGAAUUGAAUAAGGAUGUUAAAGGACUCACUAGAUUCAGCUGAAAAACAAGUAUCAAGGCAGAUUACACAUGGGCCACACAGUGACCAACAAAAUAAUGUGCUUGAGGCUCCUGCACUGGCCUCUGGUUCAGUAUCCGUUUCAUGCAACAGAAGCAGAAGAGAUAUGCAUGAAAAUGUUGAAGUUGUCCGCAACUUAAUUGAACGGUGCUUCCGGUUGUAUAUGAACAGAGAUGAGGUCAUAAACACCGUUUUGUGUCAUCUAGGAAUUGAACCUAGAGUUACCACCUUGGUAUGGCAAAUGUUGGAAGAAGAAAAUGCAGGCUUUUUCAAGGCUUACUACACAAUGCUAAAGCUGAAACAACAAAUCCAUUUGUUCAAUAAUUUACUUGGCAAACAGUACCAGCUAAUGAAGUUCUCAGCAACUGAAAAGGUUCCAUCGGCUCCUAUGCAAGACGAGAUUCAUCACAAGCCUGUUUACAAUCAACCUCUGGGGUACCCCAUACUGCAGCAGCCCCCAAUCCCGUCUAUGGGUCAACUCCCAAGUACUUAUGUGGGCAAUAUGCCUAGCGGUCAUAUGGUACAUGGAAUCCCCGCGCCAGGCAAUUUCAACCCUAUGCAAAUAACUUCUGAGAAAAAUGUGCUGAUGGACAGAGGUGCAGUUGAUACAGUACCUGUCAUUCCCUCUAUUCCUAUGAAGUUGGAGAAUUCUUCAAGUCCCGCAUCAUUGCCAUCCGAUGGCCAAUUUCCUUUCACUCCAUCAGAGAUGUCAGGACUGAGCAUGGAGACAUCAGGGCUUGACUCUGCAUGUAAAUCUUCCGAAGACUUGCAGCUUGGACCUGAUGGUCAAAUUGGACAACUUACGGAACUUUUUCAAUCGUCAGCUCUGAAUCCUUUUGAUUUUGUCCUUCCAUCUCUAACAGACUGGCCAGACUUGCAAGAUGAGGAUUUCUGUGUGUAUCGUGUCCCUGGUGCAGGCUCUCAACGUGGAUGGUGUCCCUGGUGCAGGCUCUCAUAACCUUGGGCUAAAAACCAAGUCUUCGGACAUUUGAGCCUUUUGAGUAAGGGUUAAAUACUAAAAAGUCUUUUGCAUUUUGCAGAUAAUUGAGCUUCUGGCUUAUGAACCAAUGUAAAUAUCGGAGGUUCAAGUUGUUUAGUGCAUGACAAUUGACAUGACAUAUAACCUUUAAUUUUGGCUUCAAACAUGUCUUAAGACUAGCAUCAAACUUUGAUUCUGUUUAGCCCUCUUCCUCACUACAAUUUCCAAAAGACAUUGAUAUAAAACAACUGAUAGCUCUGCAUGUUUGAAAUAA